AAACUACAAUAAAACUGAAAAUAUCCCGCAGGCACGUUGAAUGCCGCCUUCUUCUUCUCCUCCUUUUUUUCACGUGAACCUACGAACAAACAAAGUGCUCGCAGCCGUUCAAAGAAAAGUUAAGGACACGCAUCAAUUAACGUGAAACCGACGCGGGCGUCCGCAUCUGGCGCGUUUUUCGCCGUUAAUUUCGCGGUUAGCCGGUUUUAUUCGCGAGCUCCGGAUUGGUCGACGCGCACGUGCUCCUGACGCGUCGCGGGGAGGCGCGCGCUCCCGCCGGGUUCGUCCGUUUCUCCGGCGGCUUCGGCGGCAGAUCCCGCGCCGGUGUGACGGUCAUGGGCUCCCGGGACCGGACUCUGUCUCUGCUGACCGCGGCUCUCCUCGUGCACGUGUCUCUGCAGGGGGAGCAUCAGCGGCGUCUGUACAAAGACUUAAUGAGAAACUACAAUCCUCUGGAACGACCCGUUUAUAACGACUCACACUCGCUCACCGUUCACUUCAGCUUCAGUCUGAUGCAGAUCAUGGACGUGGAUGAGAAGAACCAGGUUCUGACGACCAACAUCUGGCUUCAGCUGUACUGGAGAGACCACUACCUGCGGUGGAACACGAGCGAUUAUCCCGGCGUGAACACGGUCCGCUUCCCAGACUCCCUCAUCUGGAGACCCGACAUCCUGCUGUAUAACAGUGCUGAUGAGAGGUUCGAUGCCACAUUUCACACAAACGUGCUGAUCAACUCUUCAGGAUACUGUCAGUACCUGCCACCAGGCAUCUUUAAGAGCACGUGCUACAUCGAUGUGCGCUGGUUCCCGUUCGAUGUCCAGCGCUGUGAUCUGAAGUUCGGCUCGUGGACGUAUGGAGGAUGGUCUCUGGACCUGCAGAUGAUGGAGGCUGAUAUCACGGGAUACAUCGCUAACGGGGAAUGGGACCUGGUCGAGGUUCCAGGCCGGAGGAACGAGAAGUUCUAUGACUGCUGUAAGGAGCCGUAUCCUGACGUCACCUUCACUGUGGUCAUGAGGAGAAGAACGCUCUACUACGGCCUCAACCUGCUCAUCCCGUGUGUCCUGAUCUCUACUCUCGCUCUGCUGGUGUUCCUGCUGCCCGCCGACUCUGGAGAGAAGAUCUCGCUGGGAAUCACGGUGUUGCUGUCUCUCACCGUCUUCAUGCUGCUGGUGGCUGAGAUCAUGCCCGCUACCUCGGAUUCGGUGCCUCUGAUUGCGCAGUAUUUCGCCACCACUAUGGUGAUUGUGGGUCUGUCGGUCAUCGCUACGGUCCUGGUGCUGCAGUAUCACUAUCAUGAUCCCGACGGAGGAAAGAUGCCUCGCUGGACGCGCGUGCUCCUGCUGAACUGGUGCGCCUGGUUUCUGCGCAUGCGCCGGCCCGGAGAGGAGCGCGUCCGCCCGGCCUGCCACCACAAGCCUCCUCGGCGCGGGAGCGUGUCCAGCGUGGAGCUGUCCGUCAGCCGCGGCCCGCCGCAGCCCGGCAACAUGCUGUACAUCGGCUACGCCUCCUCCCACGACGCGCACGGCAUCCUCUGCGGAAGAAUCGUGGCCUCCGCCGAGGAGGACGUGCUGUUGCCGGGGGCGACCGCGCCCUCGCUCGGGGGCGGGGCCGGGAUCGGGGGGCGGGGCCGUGGCGCCGGCGUGGGCGGGGCUUUGGAGCCGGAGCUGGCUAAGAUUCUGGAGGAGGUGCGGUACAUCGCUAAGAGGUUUCGCGACCAGGACGAGGACGAGAGCGUGUGCAACGAGUGGAAGUUCGCGGCGGCGGUGAUCGAUCGCUUGUGUCUGAUGGCCUUCUCGAUAUUCACCAUCCUCUGCACCAUCGGUAUCCUCAUGUCGGCGCCAAACUUCGUAGAAGCCAUUUCCAAAGACUUCUUCACCUGACAGACUUCGCCGUGAACGUCGCUCAGAAUCGCUGAGAAACAUGCCAGGGCUGAGCGAUAUAUAUAUAUAUAUAUAUAUCCAAUGCACUACUUUAUUUGUCUACGAUUUAUUUACUUUCGAAACAGGGCUGCACAAAGUAUACGAUUAAUCACAUAAACGUUCGUUACAUAUUUAGACAGUACGCCAACAUUAAUCGCCAUUUAUCGUUUCGCGGCCCUGCUUCGAAACAGUUUUCGCACACAAAUUGUCAUUAAAUUUCAUUAAUAGUCACAAAGAAAAGGCUUCGAAUUAAGUUUAAAGUCAAAAAAAAUGAAAAUGUAGCCUACUGCAGAUAUUUAUUUAUCUUUUGCACAGUUUCUAAAAACUAAUUUUUACAGUGUAGCAUUUUUUUAGGUAAACAGUCACCUUUAUUUAUUUUUUGGAUGAGUUUGAAUCAUUCGAAAUUAUCAGUUCAUUUUAUCCCGUGUGGUAUUUUACGCUUUUAGUAAAACAUUUUUAGUUAUAUCGUUUAAUAUUUAUUAUACGGUGCGUUUGCAUUCAUAAAACUAUUGUAAACCGUUCUGUUGAUUAAAAGAAAAGUGAAAUUAAAUAAAACUUCGAAGUUGCCAAUUUGCCUCGGCAACUAAAAUGUAAUAAAUUAAACAUAAAUAGUAAUAUUUGACGGAAAUGGCAAUAAUAAAAGUGUCAAAAUGCAUAUAAAAACUAAUGAUGAGGAGAAAAUUUAAAAAAAAUAAAAUUCGAAAACUAAAAGGAUACAAAUGAAAUAAUUUUAAAUAUGUUUUGUAUCUACUGUAUAUUGCUCGGCUCUAAUUAUUCGAGGUCAUUAAACUCAGAUCGUUGUACAGUUAAUGAGGUUUUAAUUGUGACGUGUGUGUUUAGGUGAGUUUUAGUUAGUUGUGUUUCGCGUCCAGUCACCUGAAAAUGCUCUUUUAAUUAUUUUCUAAAUUAAUACAGCUUUUUCCCUACAAAUUCUAUUGUCAACAUAAUAAUCAACACAACAUAGCAAGUUCCUCGUGUUCAAGUGAAAAAUGUGCUUGUUUUUCAAGUGUUUCGCGUCACUUGCUCACCAGUGGAAGUGAAUGGGUGCCGUCGGGAUGAGAGCCCGAACAAUAAUAAAAACAUCGCAAUAAUACACAGCGCUCCCGUCUAUCAGUUAACAUGAAAUAAAAAAAGCUGCGUGUUUGUAAGAAAUAAAAGUUAACUCUUGUUUUCGACUAAAAAACAUACGUUUACAAUAACGCUCAUGUUCAUGUAUAUAUUUUAUAUAUAUAUAUAUACAUAUAUAUAUUUUUUUUUUUGUUAUGUAGGAGUGCCGUGGAUUAUUGUGAUGUUUUUAUCAGCUGUUUGGACUCUCAUUCUGACGGCACCCAUUCACAUCCAUCGGAGAGUAAGCAAUGCAAGGCUCCAUGUCUCACGAUCUCAUCCGCCUCUUGAACGGCUUGAGGACCCGUCUUUUUUUGUUUAUCAAAACACCUGCGGGUGGUUUCUUUGGUGGUUCGUGUGAGGAGCGGACUGAAACGAUGCACGCAUAGCCGUUCUCCAUUUGGAGGAGAUCCAGAGGAAACCUGCCAGACCGAGCCGCUACGGCCUUCUGUUCUCCCAGAUAAACGGCUCCUUCGGUUCUCGUCCUGCUCGUUCCUGGCUCCAUGGACCCGCUGGAGAAGACACACAGAUUUUAGGAAAGCCUUUCCCAAGCAAGCGCCGCGUCGAGCUGGACAACGCUUUAGUGCUCGGAAGAAUAAUUGUCGCUUAACUAAGUCGUUAAAUUUGCCUUACCGUGGAUUUUAAGACCCGCUUUUCCAGGUAAAUAUAGUUCCUAUAAAUAUAGCGGCCUCCCACAUCAAACCCGUUCUGAAGAUCUGAAAAUCGAUUGGUCGGAAAAGCAGCCGAACGCUAGCUUUCUUUAACCUCGCUCCACGUUUGGGCGGUUUUUCAUUUCGUUACAACGGAGCGGAGCUCAACUAGGAACAUGGAUAAAGGUUUUUUUCCAGCAAGGACGCAUUCAAUCGAUCGAACGUCACGUUUCGAACCUCCUACUCGGCCCUGAAGAAUUCAACACGUCACCGUUUCCACAAAAGCAUCGAGCAGCACAGCGGUUUACCACAAAUUUGAAGGAUUUCUAGAGGACGGUGUUGCUGAAAAGUCCGCUUUGAUCGCUGGAAUAAAUGACAUUUUACAGAAAACAGCCGCUCUGAAUCUCAGUAAUAUUUCACAGUUUGUACUGUGUUUUUGAUCAAAUAAAUGCAGCCUUGAGCAGAAGAGACAUUGAAAAAAUCACAUGGGAUAUAUAUAGUGUUACAUAUUAAAUUAAUAACUAUUAUAAUUCAAAUGUGAAGAUAUAAUACAAUGUUACAGCUUUUCAAUAGUUUGUUGCAGAUGUCAUGUUUUUUUAUUUCUUUUUUCAACACAUAUUUGUAUUAUUUUUUUUGUGAGUUUUAUACA